GACUUCUGAACGAACCGUUUGACAACGGGCCAUUUACUUCAUCUAAAGCGGACGCGUUGCGGUGUUAUUGUUUUGUUGUGUUUACUUAGGAAUCAAGGAACGUAACAGGUGAAAUGCACUGAGUGCACAGACAAGAUCAGUAUAGCCAAUGGAUAACGUUGACGACUACUAAGACCGUAACGAAAUGCUUAGCUGGUUUUCUUAGGUAACAGCUAAGCGGUGCAUGGAGGUCAUUUUUUUGCUAAAAUGCCAUAUAAUGAAUAAUAAUAGAUCAUCUGAAUAUAUUUCUCAGGUGUAGGUCGGUUCCCUUAUGGUGUGGUGAUUCAAACAAAGAGGGAUGGACAGAAGAAAGUGACUCGCUGCGCGGAGUACGCGCUCGGUAGUGUGGACUUCUGUUAACUGACGCGUAAUGGUGCGCUAAUAGUCAUUUGUUUGGAGGCGCUGCGAUCAUCAUGGUGGUUGAGAGGACGCUUCUCGCAGCGAGGCAAGGGGAUGUACAAACUCUAAAAGUACAGUUAGCUGAGAAGGUACUCAACAGCGAUGUGAAAGAUGUGCUGGGAGCGACUCCCGUACACCACGCCGCGCGAGCGGGGAAGCUCACCUGUCUGCGGUAUUUGGUUGAGGAAGCGGGUUUACCGGCGAGCAGCCUGGCGAGAAACGGCGCAAGUCCUGCGCAUGACGCCGCAGCCACGGGCAACCUGAGCUGCCUUCAGUGGCUCGUGACGCACGGAGGAUGUCGAGCGGCCCAUAAGGACAGCUCAGGGGCCACUGUCCUGCACCUGGCUUCUCGCUUCAGCCAUCACGAGAUCAUUGAUUGGCUGCUGAAGAGUGGGGAAGGGGAUCCUACUGUUGCCACGGAUACGGGGGCCUUGCCUGUUCAUUAUGCUGCAGCUAAAGGGGACUUACCCUCGCUCAGGCUGCUACUGGAACACAGCCCACAAGUUGUCAAUUUCCAAACUAAGAACGGUGCCACACCACUAUACCUUGCAUGUCAGGAGGGCCACCUGGAAGUCGUCCAGUACCUAGUGAAGGACUGCGGGGCGGAGCCAAGUAUCAGAGCCAAUGAUGGGAUGACACCGUUGCAUGCUGCUGCCCAGAUGGGACACAACACUGUCAUCGUCUGGCUGAUGAGUUUCACAGAAAUCAGCCUGUCUGACAGAGACAAUGAUGGGGCCACUGCCAUGCACUUUGCCGCCAGCCGCGGCCAUGCCAAGGUUCUCAGCUGGCUGCUCCUGCACGGUGGGGAGAUCGUGACGGACAGCUGGGGUGGUACGCCUCUUCAUGACGCAGCCGAGAACGGAGAGCUGGAGUGCUGUCAGAUUCUGGUAGUGAACGGAGUGGACAUGGGGAUACGGGACCAGGAUGGAUUCUCAGCGGCAGACCUGGCUGAAUACAACGGGCAUCAGCCGUGUGCCAAGUACCUCCGCACCGUUGAAAACAUGAGUGUGGAGCACCGAGUCUUGUCACGGGACCCUUCGACAGAUCUGGAGUAUAAGCAGCCGGACUCAGGCCUCUCCUCUCCCAACACCACCCUGCCCAUCUCAGCCCCUGCUGCGGCCCAUUUUGACAUCUGCUCACCCUCCAGCUCGCUGUCCAAUUACAACUCGGCAAACUCCAGCCAAUCCAGUACUGGAGAGAAGAGGAGCGGCACGCCUCCCUCACGAGGACUGACAGGAGGUGAAGAUUCGGCCAUUACAGACAUGCAGGCCUAUAUGGACAUGCUGAACCCUGAUGUAGCAGACGGCUCCCAGAAUGCAAAUGAACAUCCUGCACACCUGCCGCCCCCCCCAGCAUUUCCCCCUCCCCCACCUCCAUCAGACUCCUCCCACAUACCCCCUCCUUCACCUCCAUCAGACUCCUCCCACAUACCCCCUCUCCCACCUGCCUACCCCCCACCCAAACCACCUGAGGAGGAGGAAGUCUCCGCCGAAUACUUGAAGGUGAAGAGAAACCUUCGCCGAGUGGACAAUGACAUAGUCAAAAAAGAGCAGCUGAAUCCUGGCGAGAGCCACGAAAGGCUUCGAAGAGUGGACUCUAAUCGAAAGUCCCGUAGCUUCAGCAAGCAGCCCAGCACUGGGGAUUACUACAAAACCCUGGGUAGCGAUAGCGCAGAUCAGCACCCCAACGGAGCCAUGGCACCCAAUGAGGAGGGCUCUGCACUGUUGGAGGAAGCGUCAGACACGGCGCCUGCUCCUGAGAACGGGACGGGAAACACAGAGGAUCUGCCCCUUCCUCCUCCUCCACCUUCUAUCCCGACUCCACCUCCUCCACCACCUCUUCCCUCAGAGCUGCUGCCACCACCUCCUCCUCCUCCUCCUCCUCCUCCUCCUCCACCCAGCACCUCCACACCGGCCCCUGCCCAACGCCGCAUGUCUUCUUCCUCCAGCAAAGGGGAUCUCUCCUCUACGUAUCUGUCUCCCUCUGUCACCCCGGCUCCAGAAACACUUCGGCAGAGGAAGAGCAAUAAAUCCUUCAACAUGAUGUCCCCCACUGGAGAUAAUUCUGAGCUUCUGGCCGAAAUUAAAGCUGGGCCAAAACUGAAGCCAACACCUCAGAGUAAAGGCUACACGACCGUCUUCUCUAACAACGGCACAGCGGCGAACAAUGGGGAAUGUCCGUCAUCGCCGCCAGAGCUUCUGCCAAAACCCCAGCCCGACGACACCCAAUCUGCAAAGCCACAAUCUCCACCACCUGUCUGUCCCACGACCAGCGGUGGGUCGCCCCAGAACCACAACACCUCACAGAGCAGCGAGAAGCUCACAACCGCCGUCAACGGAAAUACUCCUGUUGUCCAGGACAAGUCCAGCAUGGUGGAUGUUGAGAGUCUGGUGCCCACACAUGACGAGCAGGGCCGAGCCAUCCCAGAGUGGAAGAGACAGGUGAUGGUGAGGAAACUACAAGUGAAGAUGCAGGAGGAGGAAGAGAACAAGAGAAAGGCUGAAGAAGAGGCUGCCCGUCUGGCGUCAUUGCCUGCCUGGAGGAGAGAUAUCAUGAAGAAGAAGAUGGAAGACGAGAGUGAUCAGAUGGAACAGAAAAGAAAAGAGGAGGAACGGCGGCAAAUGGAAAAGGAGAACGAGGAGAAGUCGGAACUGGAGCGACUACGAACGCUGGGCUAUGAUGAAACCAAGCUGGCGCCGUGGCAGCGGCAGAUUAUUUUAAAGAAAGGCGACAUAGCGAAACAGUAGUAGACUCCCCGUCACCCCCUCCGCUCUCGCACAGUUCUCUGCUGGUGUAUAACUGUAGGACACUGUUGAGAAUCUGCCAGACCCUUUAGACUCAAACCACGCGUGGGGCACCAGACAGCGUUCUGCUCGAUGACCACGUCAGCAGCGCUUCGUCUUUCGUCUGAAUCUCAGUAAAUGUUAUUGAGCUCUGAAGAUGCAUUGUAGAAGAUUAAAGAUUUGUUUUGUUUUUAAUUAACUUUAAGUGGUCAUAAUCGGUCAAGUGUGAUAAGUCCUGAACAGGUGUUAUGGCACAAUGUAUUCUUACAUAAAGUAAGUGACGUUUCUGUUAUGAUGCAUCUAUAUUGAUU